AUGGACAAUCCCGACAAGUUCUUUCGAGAAUCGCAUUAUAAUAUCGUGCGGGUUCUUUUGAGUCUGAGCGGUCUAUGGCCCUUUGAUAGCAAAGCCACUCGUUACGCAAUUUAUUGCGGGUACCUAUUAGUAGCCGGAUCUGGUUUCACGUUCCAGGUGAUGGGUAUGCUCGAGGUUCGGUCGGACAUUGCCGAGGUGAUUGAUUUUGCACCAUUCGGGAUUCACAUUACGCUCAUUGCAACGAAAGCGGCCUGCAUUGCGUGUACUUUACCCAAGGUCAAGAUCCUGGUGAUGAAAAUGAAAGAGCAUUGGACUUCCCCGAAGACGGAAGAAGAGGCUACAAUUCUGCGUGCCUAUGCAACAUAUGGCCAAAAGUUUGGCUACGUGUACACAGUUAUUUUGUUUGGACAUUCCACCCUUUAUCUAAUUGAGAGUCUGGUGGGGAAGUUGACGUACGUUGAGUCGAACGUGGAAACAAAUGGGACGAUAAUAUUGGAAACAAAUGGGACAAGUGAAACAUUAGACGUCCCAGUUCCAGUGGGUUUACCUUUACGCGUUAAUUACAUGGUCGACGUAGACACGUAUUACAUCCCAAUUUACAUACACACGGUAUUGGCCGAAAUGGUGUACUCACUAUUAAUGUGCGCAGUCGAUGUCUUAUAUUUGACAUCUGUUCAAUAUUACUGCGGCCUGCUCGCAGCUUUGAGGUGCAUCAUGGAAAAUGCGCAUAAUUUGAAAGACGGUGUCGAUGAUCUGUUAGAGCACGUCACGAAGAAUGGUAAAUCUUACUCCAUUGUCUCUUACAGCAUUCGAAGACACACCGAGGCAAUACAAUAUAUUGAAAUCCUGGAGUCAUUGUAUAGGCUACCUCUUCUUUUGCAUAUGGGUUGUGACAUGUUGAUGAUAAGUAUUCUAGGAUUUCAGGCGCUAGUAAAUAUCGACGACCCGAAUCGCUUUUCACAAAAUUGUGUUUACCUUAGCGAGACUCUUCUUAAUAUGUUUUUCGAGAACUGGCAAGGUCAGAAAAUCAUAGAUUCCAACGAAAAGUUGUACCAUUCCAUAUAUAACAUGAAAUGGUAUGAAAUGUCGCUUGCGGCGAAAAAGCUAGUAAUCUUAAUCAUGUUGAGAAGCUUAAGACCGAUGCAGAUAACGGCCGGCAAGUUCAUCGUGAUGUCGUACGAGAAUUUCAGUGCGGUAAUACGAAUGUCCUCGUCAUAUUUUAUGCUGCUGCGAUCUACGCAAACUGUGUAAAAUAUUUUUAGAAAAUUCAUGAUUAUCGAAUUUUACAGUUGGCUGAAUUAGUAGAAAAUAGAUAUCCACCGAUCGCUUGAUUUGUAAAUUCUAGGUGAAUUUCAUAUGUAAAUAAAUAAAACGUGAGAAAAGAAGUUGUAUAAAUAGUAUUUGACUUGCAAAUAAUCUUUUACAGUUAGGUUUUCCUGUCAUGUGGAAAAAUUCUUAUAAAAAAUUUGACAAUGCCG